AUGUCGCUCAAUGGAAAGGUUGCCGUUGUUACCGGAAGUUCGCGUUCCAUAGGCGCUGCGAUUGCCAAGCAGCUUGCUGCUGACGGAGCCUCAGUCAUCGUCAACUAUGUUUCCGAUGCUGCUGCCGCUGAGGGAGUAGUAUCGGACAUCAAGGCAAGCGGGAGUGGCGCUGCCGCUGCGGUGAAGGCGGAUGUUUCCUCUUUGGGCGGCGCAAAGACUCUACUUGACGAGUCUCUCCGCAUCUUCGGCAAGAUUGAUAUUCUCGUUCUGAACGCCGGUAUCAUGGGAUCCCGAGUCCUCGCGCAAGUCGACGAAGAAUUCUACGACCAGCACAUGAACAUCAACGUACGGGGACCCCUUUUUCUGACGCAGCUCGCGGCGCCGCUCCUCCCGGAAGGCAGCGGUCGCAUCAUAUUCUUUUCAACUUCCCUCGCCCAUGCAUCUGCCGUCAUGCCAAUUAACCUCGUAUACGUGGCGACCAAGGGAGCUGUCGAGCAACUCGCCCGCGUCCUUGCCAAAGAUCUAGGCAAGUUGUACUUUCAGCCGAUAUGCUACCCAACGACUCACACCGUCACAGGGAGCAAGGGAAUCACAGUCAACACCGUGUCUCCAGGCCCGACGGACACGGCCUUGUUCCGCGCCGGAAAGACCGAACAACAAAUCCAGUUUAUCGCGGGACUCGCCCCAUCGAAACGCUUGGGCCAGCCCGACGACGUUAGUCCUGUCGUAUCUUUCCUCGCGUCUGAUGGCGCUCGCUGGGUAAACGGUCAGAACAUUCUGGUCAAUGGCGGGUUUGUUGUCUAG